GGAUGAUAUUUUGAAUUAUUUUGUUAAGCGUCGAAUAACUGUUUAUUUGGAGUGUAGUUUAUUAAAAAUGUCUAAAAAAUACGUGACAAGUUAUCGUGGUGAUACAUACUUUACGCCAACCGCCAAAUUUUGCAUAAAGGACGAGCCAGUUACUCCAAUAGAGGAAGACUUCGGCGAACACAACACAUUAGAUGAUUCAAUUAAACUCGACCAUGGGGCAAUGAGAAAAUCUAUGUCUAUGAACGACAUCGACAUAGCUUCGCUUGCUUCGGAACUAGAAUAUCAUGAAGAUGCAGACCACAGGCACCGUAGAGUGACAGGAACGGGCGAGCUGUCAAAAACGAAAUUUGUAUCAAUGGCUGAAGCAGUUUAUCAUUAUCAGAGAGAUACGCCAAAUCGCUUCCAUUCAAGUCGACCUCAAGCAUUCCGUUCUAGUGCAGCUCCAGGGCCGUCAGGGCUCACUAUUCCUCAGUCACCCAUGUUAAGAUGUAAGGCACGCUCCCGACCUCUUCACGUUAUGUCUCAAAGAGAAAAAGAAGAGAUGGAAGCAGAAGAAAUCAAAAAAUUCAAGAUUAAAGCUAAUCCAAUUCCGAAAUCAGUGAUUGAAGGGUGUAGAACCCUUCCUGAGGUGCCAAAGAAAUUGCUAACGGUUCCUGAACCAUUCCACUUGACCGAAGUGAAUAAAAAAAUAGCUCAAUCACCCGCACAUGUCCCUGUAUUUAAAGCGCGUCCUGCACCCAAACACAUACUUGAGAAACCACAGGUGUGUCCGAAACAGGCUAUUCCAGUCACCAUACCUUGCACUCCGAAGUUCCACUACAAACCACCCCCUCAGACACACAACUCUGCACCUAAACCAUCCAAGCCAGUUGAUAAGCCAGUCCGUCUUGGACCCAUAUUGGUAGAGCCAUUUUCAUUUGAGAAGAGAGAUCAAGAAAUCAAACGCCGUCGUGAAGAGAGAAUUAAAAAACAACUUGAAGAGGAACGCAAACAAGCAUGUCAAUUUAAAGCUCAGCCACUGCGAGGAGCUGUAAAGAAGCGAAUGCAAGUCGCUGCAGUCAAAUGCGGUUCAUCUUCAGCAUCCUCGGAAAAUAAAGAGAACCGCAUCAAAUUUGAAGCCAAACCUCCUGUAGUAUUGUACAAAGAACCUUUCAAACCCGUACUAAAGGCAGUGCAAAUUGCAAAAUUUUCUCCAUUCCAGCUAAACACAGAAAAGAGAGCAGUGGAUAGAGAGAGAUUUGAUAAGGUUUUGAAAGAGAAGGAGGAGGAACAAGAGAGGCUUAGACAACAAAGAGAGAAGGAGAUACGAGAGGAAGAGGAGCGAGCUAAUGCCAAACUGAGGGCUAAACUGGUGCACCAUCCAAAACCAGUUCCUGUUGUUCACCCCCCAUUUGUUCCGGAAAGAUCUGUGGCUCCACUCACUGUGCCAGAAACCCCUAAAUUUGUUAGGAGAUUGAAGCAACAUUUAUAGGCCAGCAUACUACAAUGAUCACAAGAUGGGAAAGAUGGUAAAAUAAAUGACAGUGAGGAAAGCGGUGAUGAUACUAUGGAAGAUGGUGAAACUUUUUUUUAAGAAACUUCAAAAUCCUUUGACUGAUAAGAUAUAAAGUAUGGUACCAUUAAAUCCCAAGUACAACAUUUAAUUAAGUACCAAUAUCAAUGUUAUUUUUAGUAUUUUCUAAACGCUUUCUGCCAUUCAUGAAACUGUUGCCUCCGAACUUAAGUAUUUCAAAUAAUAGACAUAAAUAAAUCAACAUUCCAAGUUAGGAGAUUUUGGACCGUUACGUGGUUUUGCCAAUGGUAAGGUGGAUGCACUCUGCCUAGAGGAAGGAAUGCUUAGAAAUUGAACAUAUUCUAGUUUUUUUUUUUUUAAAGCUUUAUCCCACAUUAGUGGUCUCCAAGGGUAUAAGCCAUCUGUCUCCACCUCUCUUUGUCGGUGGCAACAUCCAUCCAUUUUUUCCCCGCAGCCUGUACAAUGUCAUCUGCCUAUCGUUUUCUUUGCCUUCCUGCUCUUCUCUUUCCAGCUGGGCCUGGCCAUUUUGUUA